CUUUAAGUUUCGCUGCCGCACCGUUAUUCCCAUCCUCGUUCUGACAUCCGGUUGUGCUACGGAGAAAGGCAACAUCGUCGGACCGGAGAAAGCAAGUACGUCUGUGAUUCCGUCGCCAAAAUACACCGGAUAAUAUUUCGCUUGUGAGCCACAAAUCAAAAAUUCCAAAAAGCCAGUGGCGACAUCAAUGUGGUUCGAUUUGCAUAUCCUGUGAGUGGGCGGACGAUCCUAGCGGACGAGUGGAGUGAACAAGGCGCCAGAGGAGGACGAGGCUGGGAAAGUAGGAUUCUUUGCCGUUGAGCCGCUGAAGCGGAAGGAAGGCCGCCACAUUGGAAGGAAAACGGCUUUUCACGGCAGUUAAUAAAUUUUUAACUGGUUCCACAAUAGCCCGCGAGUUCCGCCAGUUAAUGACGAGAAACGCGGCGGUGAGCGGCGAUGAGCCCGACGAGGAGCAGACAUCGACUGGCAGUGUCCCACAGGAGCCCGCCCAGGCGCAGGAGGAUAUGCCGGCUGGCGAGGAUCAGGAGUUGCCCAGCACCGACCAGCAGAAGCUGGAGAGGAUUCAUCCGUCGACACAGCAGCAGCAGCAGCAGAGACGCCAGCGGCAGCGCAAGAAAGAAAAGCCUCUGGAUCCGGAUCCGGACACGGACUCUAGCUCUUGCGAUGGCGGCGGCUUGAAGGCUAAGCGCAGCACGCGAUGGAGGAGUCUCAAAGAUGACCAGGACUACGACUACGAAGAGGACGAAGAGGAGGAGGAUGAGCAGGAUGGGGAGGACGACGAAGAGGGUGAGGAAUCCUACGACGAUUAUGAACAAUCCUCAAGGCCAGGACAUCGUCCUCCAGCCCGAACUGCCUUGAAUGUCCGGAGCAGGCGCAAGACGAAAAACCGCCAGAUAUCCUAUUCCUCGGACCUGGACUUGGGUGGCGCGAACCUCGACCUGGACAUCGAAGGCGAGGGUACCAGGCCGAUAUCCGGCGGAGGCGACUCCGUGGACAAGCGCCGCUGCAUCUCCAAGGGACAAAUGCGAGAGUUCCGGGAGGCGUUUCGCCUCUUCGACAAGGACGGCGACGGCUGCAUCACCAAGGAGGAGCUGGGCACCGUGAUGCGAUCCCUGGGCCAGUUUGCGCGCGUGGAGGAGCUGCAGGAGAUGCUCCAGGAGAUCGAUGUGGACGGGGAUGGCAAUGUCAGCUUUGAGGAGUUUGUGGACAUCCUGUCGAAUAUGACGUACGAGGACAAGUCGGGCUUGUCCUCCGCGGACCAGGAGGAGCGGGAGCUGCGCGAUGCCUUCAGGGUGUUCGAUAAGCACAAUCGUGGCUAUAUAACGGCCUCCGAUUUGCGAGCAGUGUUGCAGUGCCUGGGCGAGGACUUGGACGAAGAGGAUAUUGAGGACAUGAUCAAGGAGGUGGAUGUGGAUGGGGAUGGCAGAAUCGAUUUCUACGAAUUCGUGCAUGCUCUGGGAGAGCCGGAGGACUCGCAGGAGAAUGAUGACGAGGAGGAGAACACCACUUCGCCGCUGCCCACACCAAAAUCGGCUAUAUCCCUUAGCUAUGAUUGAGAUGAUGGGCCACGUUUAACAUUCCAAUUUAUUCACAAAUAAUCGAUCGAUCGAAAUGAAUCGAUAAUCGAUAAUUCAUCGAUACUAGGUGGGCCAGAGUGUGUGUGAAAAUGCAAUAAAACGAACCUGGCUUGGGGUUUGAAUCAAUAAUCAAUGGACGCCAUGGCUCGGUAAGGUAUUCGAAGGUUAAACAACUUGAAAUAAACGAAUAUAUAAAUAUAAACACAUAUAUAUAUUUUUUUUCUAAAACGAUUACUAAAAUAAUAUAUGUCGAUCAUAUCGAUUGACCAGCAUUAGCCGAAAACUAAUUGAAUAGAAUUCAUUACAUUAAUUGCAUUGCAUUGCCAGAACGCACAGCUAAUCAAAUUGAAUUGAUGAUAAUUAUGAAUAAAUAUAUUGAAUAGCCAAUUGAAUAAUCGAAUAUCCGAAAUAAUCGAUCAAAGGUUUACUUAACAUCGAUAUGUAUAUCGAUAUACUUGACUAAAUCCAAAUUUCAAUUCUAGCCACCUCUUUCUCUUUAGCCAAUCUAUCUCUCUCUCUUUUAAGUCCAAUUGAGAAUCAAAACUAUUUUUAGCUUGUAAUCGAUAACGAUAACGAUAACGAUAACGAUAAUGUUGACCUAUCCUUCAGACUCUUAUUGACAUAUCCAUGGGCCAUACCCAUACCCGAAAUAUUACACAAAAAUAUGGAUAUAUUUCAAGACAUAUCAUUGAAGACGCCUCUGUAAAUGUGUUUUUUGUGACCCGUAGGCCCUCCUGCCCCACUAGUCCUUGUAGUCCUUGUAUCCUUUUAGCUCAUUGCCACACUUCCACUCUCUUUUUGACUAGAGUUUUAUGUAAUAAGAAAUCCAUUGAUUUAAUUAGGAUAUAAUUGCUCAAUUAUUGUCAAAAAAAAAACACAAAUCGCAAAAAAAUAUGAAAAUUCUUUAAUUAUAUUGAAUAAACAAUUUAUUGUAAUUUACAAAUAACAAAACUUUUAAUCGAAAAUUCCAAUCAAAAUCCUUACAUUAAAAAGAAAAACAAAUACAAAAAACAAACACA